CCGCUGCCGCAGAGGACGCGGAGCGACGCCCGCAGCCCCGGCUUGUCCGCGCCAUGGCCGCGCGAGGUCCCGCGGGGCCCGGGCGGCGCGGCAGCCAAGGGAGCGCGGGGCGGCGCGGGGGCGGCGUGUCCGGCGCCCGCGACCUCGCUGCCUGUGCCGAGCCUCGAGAUCGACUUCGUGGCCGGGCCGCGCAUGGGCGAGAAACUUGUGCUCACGGAUCGGGGACCGGGUGAGCACAGUGGGGCGCAGCGACGCGGCCACGGUCCAGAUUUCCGACUCGUCUCUGGCCAGCAUCUCGAGGAUCCAUUGCGUCUUCGAGUAUCAUGGAAGCCGCUGGCGCCUGUGCGACAACGGCUCCACCAACGGCACGUGGCAGCGGCUCUCCUGUGUGCUGCAGCCUUCCGCACCCGUUCCCCUGCGCCCGGGCACAUCGGUGCUGGCAGGCACGCACGAGUUCAUCGUCGAGGACUGGGAAGGGCAGAGCUGACGCACUGGUGGCUGCCCUCGGCCGCGUGUGGCGUGCUCGCUGGGCUGCGGUAGCGCGAGCGGCAGCAUGCCGUGCUUGGUUGAGGCCGGCCGCGGCUGGGCCGUGCUCGGAGGAGCCAUGCGGCCACGAGGAGGAGGGCAUGCCGGCGGUGCCGCUGCGGGUAGCAGGUGGUGCCGUGGGGCACCUGCCUCGCAGAAACAGACAUCGUUUGAGGCAGCGUUGUCCGUGGAGCAUCGGUGGUGCGCUCUGACGUGCUGGCUCUAUGGGCUGAAGCUCAGCAUGGAGCAAAGGGCGCCGUCUGAACUACUAGGUGCUUUCAUGGCGUGGCCUCGUCGAUUCAGCCAGAGUGCUUCCGGACGCACUCGUACGUUGCUGCCGCUCCUCAUUUCUCCUCCCUUACGGUCAGGAACGGUUGCCACGCGUGUCGUGCCGCGGCCUCCCGUCGCGCGCAGCACAGCGGCACGCUGUCAGCUUCAACGCGUACUCCGGAUUCCAAAAUAAAGUGGGGGCCCGAUUCGAAAAGGGUCCGAUAUUCUGACGAUCCGAUGCGGCCUGAUGAUUGCGCGGAGUCGUGCAUGCUCGCGUAGCGGAUCCGAUCCGGUUCCGACUGCGCGCCGAUGCGUCUCGAUCUGGCGCACGUUCCCAUUUCUUCAUUCGAUGUUCACCGAUCUCUGUUGCCCGGAUUUUGCGGUGGAGCCCGCGCGUUUGCUGCCGAAUCCCUCGUGGUGGAGCCGCCGAGGAUAGGGCGCGCUUAUCGAGUUCAAUGCCAGCAUCCCUACUGUGGCGCCUCUGCCAUGCGAACAGGAUGUCGCCUCUGAGAGAGACCGAUACUUUGCGCGUCGAAGUGCUUGCGGUCCAGGGUGGGG